AUGGCUUCUUCUUCUUCUAGCUAUUCCAACCCUCCAUGUGCAGCCUGCAAAUUCUUGAGAAGAAAAUGCCUGCCAGGUUGCAUAUUUGCUCCAUAUUUUCCUCCUGAGGAACCCCAAAAAUUUGCCAAUGUACACAAAAUAUUUGGUGCAAGCAAUGUAAGUAAACUGCUCAAUGAAAUCCUUCCUCAUCAAAGAGAAGAUGCAGUGAAUUCUCUUGCUUAUGAAGCCGAGGCCCGGUUAAAAGAUCCUGUAUACGGCUGUGUUGGAGCAAUAUCUGUUCUUCAAAGGCAAGUUCUUCAUCUUCAAAAGGAAUUGGAUGCUACAAAUGCUGAUCUAAUGCGAUAUACGGGUAGUGAUACCUCGUAUCCGGGAACAGGCUUUCUGAAUCAGAUGACUGCACAGUUUGGGAGAAUGGGUCGAGGAGGAGGUUCUUUUGAUCCGAAUUCUGGUUACCCCAUCACAUAUCCUUCUCAAUGGAAUAAUGAUUCUAACAGCCCUGAAAAUGGUGGAAAUGGUAGCAUGUAA